AGUAAAUUAUCUGUAAAUUGGAGCACUGCCAUUGUAUGAAGUGCUGAGCCAAUCUGGCCAGUCACCGAAAAACCCUGCCCAGUAGAGUGGGGGUGGUCCUGCAGGGCAUAUAUGGAUUCACCACAUGGGCAUUCAGUCCCAGAGCCGAUGGAGGGCAGAGAUGCAUAGAUGCCAUAACCAUCCUCUUUAGUGUCGUCAACGGAUGUAGGAGAGACAUGGAGUCAUCAGCAACAGCUUCCUUCUCUGAUCUGCUGAAAGAGAUCAAGCCACUUACUGCAGACGAGGGGCGCUAAUCCUCACAUGUGAAAUAUACUGGCAAAUCGAGGCACUGCGGAGAGAGCGAAGGACGCAGAACCUGUGCCAGUGUGAGUGCACUCAAACCCGUAUAAUCAGUCCCCCUUCUUCUGAGGCUCCUGGGUGGGAAGAAAAGGGGAAAGCAGACACAGGAGGACAGCUUUCAUGAAAGAAAGCAAUCCAUGAGCAAAGCAGGGGUAUCUCAAUAGGUGCAAGUGUCUUUCUGAUGCUGGGGCUCUUCUACGGUGAGUAGCAGGCUUCAAGCUUCUUGCUUUUUCUUCAGAGUCCAGUGAGGAGACGAUCUUCUCACCAAAGAAGAAAAUUCUGACAAAAUGGCGCUCAGAGCCAACUUAUAUAGCAGUUGGCUUCACCCUUUUUGCACCAUUUGUUUAUGUAGCUACACAAACGUAAAAACAAAUCAGCCUUUAGUAUUCAGAGUAAACAGGAGUUUCCCCAUAAGCGUCCUUGAUGCAAUGGGAGAGACUGUUCGAUGGGGAAACAGUGUUUCAUUAAGAAUACUACUAAGUUUUUUUUACUUCAAAAUAUCACAUUUAAUUGAAUUUGUAAGUGAAUUUUUUUUAACAACAAUUUGUUUAAGUGUAUUUAGUAAAAAGAUAACAAAAUACUAUCAACUAAAAAAUUUUUUAACAUUUAUAUUUGCAUGCUGUUUUGUUUUGCAAAGAAGGUUUGGAGAAUUCCUCAUGGCUCGGGUCACUUCUAAUUUAACAGAAGAGCAAACAAAGCAGCUUUGUGACCUGCUGGGGAAUGUAAAACUGUCUCUUCUCUACAAAGCUUCAGUUCAUGGAUAUAAAGCUUCUGUCUUCCAUCAGCAGUGUGACAAUGAGGGUCCCACUUUACUUGUAGCCUACAACCGUUCAGGCUACAUCUUUGGUGGAUACACCAGUGUAGAUUAUGCUCGAAGCGGAAGGCAAAUUACAGAUAAAGAAGCUUUCCUGUUCAGCUUUCAAGGCAAGAUCCCUGUCUACAUCAAAGUUAACAGUGGACAUUAUGCCCGUCUCGAUGAUGCUGGAAUGCCCAACUUUGGCGAACAGUUGUACUUUUGCUACAACAGUGACGCAGUUGUGUAUAAUGACGGAGGUAAAUCAUACAGUUUUGAUGCUAAAAGACUGUAUGGGAAUAAUACUAACCUGACUGAAUGUGAGGUCUACAAAGUCAAACAGAGUAAGUCAACCAGAAAAAGUGUCUGUAAUGCAGUUGUGUGGAGUAAACUAUAUAAAUAUAUGAGUCCAGUCUCUAAAAUGUAUUUGUUUAGUCUUAUUGUUAAGCUUACUCAGCAGAAGUUAAUAACCUUUACUCAAUAUUCAUCAGAUUUUCGGACCAAGGAGAAGCCAUGGAGGAAUAUUCUGUGGACAUCAAUACGAAGAGAUGAGCUCCUAGAAAUGAUCAGGAAUCAUAAACCCGUGGUGACGUCUGUCAGCCGUGUUCGAAUCCUAAUGAUUGGUCCUGUAGGUGCUGGAAAAUCCAGUUUCUUCAACUCCAUCAACUCCAUCUUCACUGGUCAUGUGACCAACAAAGCCAUUUCAGGAUGUGCAGGCACUAGUCUCACCACACAGUUUCGUACAUAUUCAGUGAAAGACGGUCGUGAGGGAAAGCCGUUGCCAUUUGUGUUGUGUGACACCAUGGGACUGGAGGAGCAAUCAGGUGCAGGACUGGAUAUUGAGGACAUCAGCAGCAUUCUUCAAGGCCACGUACCAGACCGCUAUAAAUUCAACCCCUCUGCACCAUUUCAACCUGACGAGCAAAAGACCUCCAAACCUGCAUCUCUACAGGAGAAGAUCCACUGUGUGGUGUACGUGAUAGACGCCAGCAAAAUCUCCCUCAUGUCUGAAAAAGUAGAGGAAAAACUUGCUUCCAUACGCAGAGAAAUAAACUCACUGGGCAUUGCCCAGAUGGUCCUGAUGACAAAAGUAGAUGAAGCCUGUCCUCGUGUAGAGGAGGACCUUUACCAGAUUUAUCUGAGUUCCUACAUCAAGUCAAAGGUUCAGGAGGUGAGCUCUCGGUUGGGUGUUCCGGUGUCUUGUGUGUUACCGGUGAAGAACUACAGUCAGGAGCUGGAGCUGGAGCUCAACUGUGACGUCCUGCUGCUCACCGCUCUACAGCAGAUGCUUCGCUUAGCAGAUGACUAUCUGGAUGAUGUUGAUGUAAUUUAGGCCAUAAAGUACUGCAGAUAUAGGAGUUUAUACCUCUUGAUUAGCAAGAAAAUCUUGAUCAUAUCAAGUAUGAUCAAGUAUGACCAUACUUAAGAAAAUGAUGUGAAAUGCCAACAAAGUUUGUGUAUCAUUUAAGUUGCACAUUACAUGUAGUAUUGCAGUAUUGUUGUGCCAUGAUCAUGUUUAUAGCAAUGAUGUGUUAGGACUAGAAUUCAAGAUGCUGAAAUCUGCAUAAGCUCAAUAAAGUGCUUAAGCUUAGUUGUUUGAAGCUUAAAAGUUUCUUUUGUAAGACUAAAAUAAACAAU